AUGUCGUCAGCAACACAAUUGGGUAUAUCAGAAAGAGAAUACGAAGAAGCUUUAGCUGUUGAGAAAUUGUUUUUUUUAUCAUCAAGAGAAAGAUGUAAUUAUUGUAAUUAUGGAAAGUCAACAUUUGUUGACACAUUUAAUUAUGAAUUUUUAUGUGACAAAUGUUCAUAUAGAAGUAAACAUAAAAAGAAGAUAGGAGAAGAUUCGAUAAGUUAUUAUGAUGUUCAAAAAUUAGAAAAAAAAUUUGGUGAUUCAGCUUAUUAUAAACAACAUAGUAAUAAACAUCAUCACCAUCACCACCACCAUCAUAAUAAAAAGUCAAGUUAUAGUCAAGAAAAAAAAUCUAAAUCAAAAAACCGACGUUCAUCAACUAGAAAACAUAUUGAAGUAGUAACAGAUAGUUCUGAUUCUGAUUAUGAUGAGAAAUAUAAAAAAAAAGAGAAAAAAAAAAAAAAGGAAAAAGAUAGAGACAGAGAUAGAGACAGAGAUAGAGAUAGAGAUAAGGAUAGAGAUAAAGAUAAAGAUAGAGAUAGGGAUAGAACAAGAGAUAAAAGUUAUAAAGAUAAUAAAGAUAGUAAAUAUAAAAGAAAAAAAAAAUAUGAUGAUUCAGAUGAUGAUUUUGAUGAUGAAUUUAGUUUAAAUGAUUAUGAUCCAAAUACUCCUGGUAUGAUUGGAAUUAUGAAUUCAAAUCAUAUGAGUAAUUCAGAUUACAAAAAUAAUUUUGAUAAUAAUUUUAAUGAAUUCGAUGGGAAUCAUUUAAAUUAUAAUCAAAUGAGUGAACAUAAUUAUCAUGAUUUUAAUGCAUUUAAUAAUAAUAUGAGUAAUCAUAUACCAUUUGAUAAUAAUAACAAUCCAUAUCAAAAAAAUAAUUUUCAUUUAAAAUAUAUGAACUCACCGAAUAGUGAUCUAGCCAAUAUCAAUCCAAUAUGUUCAGAUGAUUUUAAUCCAAUGUAUUUUAAUAAAAUGAAUUAUCCUAAUAAUUUUAAUAUGAAAUUAAAUGAAGAUCCUGAUAUAAAUAAUAAAAUGAAAUAUAAUAAUAAAAUGAGUAUGGUACCAUAUGACCCAUUUGAUAAUAGUAGUAACGGUGAAAGUAAUAGAUAUAGUAAUGCUAUGGAUAGUGCAAAUUAUUAUAACAGCACAAAUAAUAUGAAUAAUAUGAGUAGCAUGAGUAACAUGAAUAAUAUGAAUAAUAUGAAUAAUAUGAAUAAUAGAUUAUAUUUAUUAAAUAAAAGAAAUUCUUUAAAUAAUAAUUAUACACCAAAUAAUAUAAAACCGUUAUAUAAUCAACAAUAUUCAAAUAAGAAUAUGUAUAAUAAUCCCCUAAAUAAUAAUCCAAAUCCAUUGAACCAAAAAAUGUCUUUUGAUAAUAAUAUGUCUAGUAAUAAGAAUAAAAUGUAUCAAAACAAAAGAAAUUCAACAUAUAUAUUAAAUAAUAAUCUAAAUAAAUCAGGUAGUGGUUCAGGAUUAUUACACUCAGGAAAUAAUAUGAAUUUAUUAUGUUAUUCACAACAAAAUAGUUUAAAUGAUAUGAACAGAUUUCAUGAUAAUAAUAUGUAUAAUCCUGAUUUUGCACCUGUAAACGUUUCUGAUAAAAAUCCAUUUUCUCUACACAAUAUGAUAUCCACACCUAACAACCGAAAAUCUUAUAAUGCCUUAAAUAGUUUGAAUAGUGAUGUAAGUAAUAAUAAUAUGAGUAGAAAUUCAUUUAAGGCCUUAAGUUAUCCUGUUUUUGAUUCAAACAAAAAAUUUUAG